AUGCCCAAGAGAAAGACGACAGCAGAAGAUGCACCGGACGAAGACAUGAUCGAUGUCGACUUUGAAUGGUUCGAUCCACAACCCGCCGUCGACUUCCACGGCCUCAAGACACUGUUGCGCCAACUCCUCGACGUCGACAAUGAACUCUUCAACCUCUCCGCCCUCGCCGACCUCAUCCUCUCACAACCCAUGCUCGGCAGCACCGUCAAAGUCGACGGCAACGAAAGCGACCCCUACGCCUUCCUCACAGUUCUGAACCUCGCCCAACACAAGCAAAAUCCCGUCAUUGCGGACUUGACCGCCUAUCUCUCCCGCAAAGCCUCGUCCAUGCCCUCGUUAUCCGCGUUACCUGCUCUCCUUGCCGCAGACUCAAAAGCAGAGCUCGGUCUCAUCCUCACCGAACGCUUCAUCAACAUGCCCUCCGAGAUUGUCACACCCAUGUACACAAUGCUGCAAGAGGAAAUCCAAUGGGCAAUCGACGAAAAGGAACCCUACAACUUCUCCCACUACCUCAUUCUCUCAAAAACCUACACCGAGGUCGAGUCAAAGUUGGACGCGCAAGAAUCUCGUCCCACGAAAAAGGGAAAACAGCAAAAGGCGGAUGCCAUGACGUUUUACUUCCAUCCUGAGGAUGAAGCACUGCAAAGAUUUGGCGUGGGUCAUGGUAACUUUGACCAUGACAAGGUGGGUGAAGAGGGGGCUAGUGACGCAAAGAGAGCGUUCCAGGAGGCGGGUAUUAGACCGCAGGGACAUUUGAUUCUCAUCGAGGCGAACAAGUUUAACGAUGCCAUCAAGGGUGUGGGCGAGUACCUGUCAGGAAACUAG